CACGCACUCCCCCACCCCCGCAUCCAAUACGGUGGAAGACUUCGACACGACACGCCACGCCUCGCACAUAAAUAGAUACAUAAAACCCCAUAACCAUUCUGUAUCAUCAUCAGAACCCAUCUCUCUUUCUCUCUAAAUAUGGCUUCAUAUUCUUCCACAGCCAAGUCCAUAAAAGCAUCAAUAGCAAUAGCAGAUGCAGCCUCAUGGUACUGCGCUAUUGUCAUAGUAACCCUCAUCUUAUUGAGCACCUUCAAAGACAGCUCUUUCACUGGUGAGCCUGUGAGAGGCAGCCAGUUCUUCGACCGGCCUUGCGAUGAAAUAUAUGUGGUCGGAGAAGGCGAAACCCUCCACACCAUCAGCGACAAGUGCGGGGACCCUUUCAUCGUCGAGCAGAAUCCACAUAUCCAUGACCCUGAUGAUGUUUUCCCUGGACUUGUCAUCAAAAUCACUCCUUCAAAGCCUAGCAAGUUUUCAAGGUAGUUAGAUAUGUAUACCUUUUCUUCAUGUAUACCUUUUUUUUUCCCCCUAUUUUAAAGAUAAUUUCUUGGUAUGUAAAAAGCAAAGGAGAUAGGCAAGAUUGUACUUUCAAGAAUUUCUUGAUUUGUGAUAUAUAGUGUGAAAGGUCUUUUCAAUUCCAAUGCUUCUAUUGAGUCUAGAAUCAUUAUUAAUUCUCUGAAAUGGUUGAAAGCUCUUUUUUUCUUUUCC